GCACAGCCUCACCAUGAGCUGCGGCAACACGUCCGAGCGCCACAUCCUCGGCAUCUCGGACCAGCUGGUCCUGCAGCCGCUCUGGGACCAGCUGCGCGCCCAGGACGCGCUCACGCAGUCGCCCCUGUUCGCGGUCCUCUUUUCCAUCAGCACGUACGUGGGCUUCUGCCUGCCCUUCGUGGUGCUCGACGUGCUGAGCCGCUGGGCGCCCGCGCUGCGGCGCUACAAGAUCCACCCGGACUUCUCGCCGACGACGCGGCAGAUGCUGCCCUGCUUGGGGCAGACCCUCUACCAGCACGCCGUGUUCGUGCUCCCCUUGACGCUGCUGACCUGGGCCCGCGGCCCGGCCCCCUGGCCCCGCGAAGCCCCCGAGCUGCUGCAGCUGGCGGGCCACGUUCUAGGCUGCCUGCUCCUCUUCGACGCGGAGUUCUUCGCGUGGCACGUGCUCCAUCACAAGGUGCCGUGGCUUUACCGCACCUUCCACAAGAUGCACCACCGCCACUCGGCCUCGUUCGCGCUGGCCACGCAGUACAUGAGCGCCUGGGAGCUGUUCUCCCUGGGCUUCUUCGACGCGGUGAACGUCACGCUGCUGCAGUGCCAUCCGCUCACCGUCCUGGUGUUCCGCGUGCUCAACAUCUGGCUGUCGGUGGAGGACCACUCCGGCUACGACUUCCCCUGGUCCACGCACAGACUGGUACCCUUCGGGUGGUACGGCGGCGUCACGCACCACGACCUGCACCACUCGCAGUUCCACUGCAACUUUGCCCCUUACUUCACGCACUGGGACAGAAUCCUGGGCACUCUUCGCUCCAAGUGACUGGCAGCCUCCCAGCCGGGCUGGGGUGGCGGAGGGGGGCGCCCCCUUCCCCACGCCCCCGCCACCCCGGAACCCAGGACUGCCGCAGGGCACUUCAAC